AUGGACUCGUCGUCAAUAUCUAUCAGGGAGGGCAGAUAUACCCAGGCAACCAAUUGCCAUUGGCCGGUGGCAGCUAGUUGGACCAUCUCCAUCGAAGAGCGAGAUCCAUUCCUCCGCAGCAGUCGCACUGGGAUUGACUACACUCUUCCCACCAUACUUACCGCUGAACCAGAAUCCGAGGAUCCCACCGAUUCAGUCGUUUCGUCCAUGCUCGAGGUCUUCAUCCCCCAUCACUCCCGAUGGCAGAAAGUCCAUAUACGAUACAAAGACGCAUGGUCCGAGAAAACUGGGUUCACUUCACUGCCCAAGGACACCUUGUUUCCCUUGCUCGAACUAUACUUGGAGAAAAGUUACUGGCUGGAACAAGACGACAUGGAUUGCAUCACAUCCACGAUGCUCUCUGCACCACGACUUCAUUCCCUCACGCACUUCUGGCUGAGCCACAUCAUUUCGAUGACUGAGGGUCUCCGCAUCAUCACAUUCUACCCUCAGCUCACAUCUCUAGAGCUAACACUCAUUCUUCCCGUCCAAGUUACAACCACAAACGGCUCUGGCCCAAUUGUUCACAACAAUCUACAACGCCUCCAUCUAAGCACGGCGGGCGACCUCGGAUUUCUCUUUGACAAGCUGACACUACCAGCUCUGGAAGACCUCUCACUCUCUGAGGUUCACGGUGCCUUUCCCAACAUUACCCCCGCACACAUCAGCCACUGGCCACAAUCCCAGUUCCUUGUAUUCCUCCUUCAUUCUGUGUGCACUGUCAAACACCUCAUUAUACAAGAGUGCGAUAUCUCUGCGGAGGAGAUGCUGGAGUGCCUUGCACAUCCUCAAAUAUCAACAUGGUUGGAUUCGCUGUCUAUCACGGAGGAACAUCAAAGGCAUUUAUGCGUGACGGAAGAGGCAUUGAGGCGAUUGACGUGUAUCACCUUCGGAGAAAAGGUUCUGCAUAGUUGGGACGAUCUGCCAGCGGAGGAGACCAUUACUGAGACGCUCAGUCCGAAUCUCAGCACCAUCAAGCUAUGGGGAUACAUUUCUGCCCAGGAUGGGAGAGUGGCGGAUAUGGUUGAGUCGAGGUGGUUAUUGGCCGAGAAUUGCCCCAUUAAGCAAUUGAAGAUGGCGGUCAUUGGGCUCUUUGCUGACGCAUGUCAUACGGAUGAUUGGGCUCGGUUGCAGGCAUUGAAUCGGAAGAGGUUUGGGAUCACGUAUCUUCAACUAUAA